GAAACACGUAAGGCGGGAGAUGUAAAAAUAUUGUCAGAAAUCAGAGGUAAACAACCAGUAAACAACAACAUAGAGCUCAGUUGUAAACAAACAAACAACGGAGAGGUAAACAAUAAACAAUUGCUAUGCGCCUGCGCGGUCAAAUUCAAAAUGGCGGAUCAGAGUACUAAUCUGGAAAUCCAGGGUUUAGUUGCCAGUUGUCAUGGUGGAAAUAUUUCUACGUUUUCAUCGCUUUCAAACGUUCAGUUAGCCUGCAACAAGGAAUGGUUUGCUGCUCCAUAUAAAGACAAUUCUUUUGCAAUAUGGAAACACAGAAAUACAAGCAUAAGUCCUGUCGUUUUGUCUGGUCACAGGAAGUGUGUUACAGCAUUGUGUUUCGGAAAUAAGACUGAACCAAUCUCACUUGCAACUGCUUCUGAGGACUGUGUUCUCGUCUGGUUCAUAGAGAACAAAUAUGAUUUGGAUGAAGACUUUUGCACAGAGCUCCAAACUAUAACUGUUGCAAAAGACUUGGGUUAUGUACAGCACCUCAGUUUUAGUAAUUGUGAUGAGAUGAUCAGCAUUUGUGUUGGCAAUGAAGUUUGGGUUAUAGAAAUUGAGACAUGUGAGUUGAGGACAGUGAUUGGUGGUCACCAUGGCAAUGUUAAUGCUUCAAAAUUUUGUCCUGUCUAUGAUGCAUUGCUUGUAACAAUUGGGGAGGAUCGCACUUUUAAGGUUUGUGAUGUUGAACAGAAAUCCAUUUUGUAUCAUUCUCCAAUUAUUUCUGCGUAUCCGUUUCUCUCUCUGGCAUUUCAUUCAACUAAAAAAGAAGUCUGUCUUGGAUCUUCUGAUGGCAAGGUUUGGAUUUUUUCAUUGGACAACCAAUAUAAGUGUCUUCGUUCAAUGGAUUUGAAUAAAUUUCUUGCCCAGCACUUGGAAAGCAAAGAAAGCAUAGAGAGUCCAGAGGAGCCAGGACUUGCUGUUAUUGGUCUGUGUUACAACUGCAUUAGUAAAAAUGAAAUAUUGUCAGCAGGUCACGUAGAUUACCAUGCUACAAGUGAGUUGCUUGAGGUUGCUGAUAGUCUGCUCAUUUCAACAACAGGCAUGCUGUUUCUGGUGAAUCUAAAUACUUGUCAACCAUUAAAGAUCAUAGAUUUAAGAGAGCCUAUUUUUGUUGGUAAUGAAUGUCAGCCGAAGGAAUCUGUAAUAGUUUCUCUCUGUGGUUCAUGUUCAUUUUACCAACAAGAAGAGAAGAUCACUUGCAUUUUGGGAAAUCUUUUUGAAUCUUCCCUUCACAUCCUGCACAUAUUCCUGUCUUCAAAUAAAGAUCACAAUUCAAAAAAUACUGCUACAGAAGAUUGUUUCCAAGAUGCUGAAGGUGGUUUGACAGCAAGCAACCAGUUGGAUAGUCCUGAAUUAUCUGUUUUGUCCAAAGCUCCACUGUGUCAAAAUUCUCCAUUGAAGGCUGCGCUUGUUCCAAAAGUCGAUCCAGAUAUUCCAACAAAGAGAACAGUAAAGAAAGAUAAGGUGACUACAAAGAAGACCAAACAAGGUGGUCCACAAGAUCAGCCAGUCACCUUUAAGACAAAAAUCAAAUCUUCAGGUUAUACAGCAACACCCAGAACUAAAAUGUUUUCCCCCAAAGUGACUAGCAGUACUGUAAAACAAUCAAAGACUGCUUUUAUUCCACCAAAGCCACUUCCAGCAAAGAAGCCUUCAUCCAGUCAGAAAGAAAUCCAGUCAGAGUAUAAUAUACCAACAACACUGAAAGAAAGAAUAUCUUUGUGUUCCACCCCGGUUGCUGUUAAUCAAAUAACAUAUUCAGGUAAUGGCAAUAAAUUGGCAUGUGCCUUGUCAAACCACACUGCGCAUGUUUUGGACACACCCCAAACCAGUAAACAACGAGUAUAUUCAGGUCAUAACGGCGCUGUACAGUCAGUGGAUUUCAGUCAUGAUUGUCAGUAUUUGCUGACUAGUUCUAAAGACAAUACCGCUUGUUUGUGGACGAGUGGCAAUUCUGAACCCGUACUUUCUUUUCAAUACCAAAAUCAAGCAGCAAAUAAGCCGUCCAAGGAUAAUCCAAGUUUCUCAAAGGGAAUCAGCCAAGCAUUGUUUUACUAUGUGGAUAAAUUCAUUCUCAUCAGUUCAGGAAAUUCUCUCUUUAUGUACAAAUAUUAUUUGGAUUUUACAAAAGAUGAUCUUAAAAGAUAUCAAAGUAAAAGUCACUACAAGCUCGUUACGUCGUUACCUCUUGGAAAAGCACAAACUAUAACGAAUUUUUCGUGUAUUAACGGAUUUUUCUCUUAUAUUGUAAUAUGUGCAGGAUCAGAUAGAUCUUUGGAGAUUUUUGAUGUGAAUGUUAAUCGUAGUUUGAAAACAUUGGAAGAUGUUCAUGCGAGGAAUGUUCACUGUAUUAAAAUGAAUCAGGGUUCAAAGACGUUCUCCCUCCCUUCCCAAAGUUACGAUCUGUUCCUAACUGCGGCAAUUGGAGAUGGUGUCAAAAUCUGGGAUUUACGGAGCACAAGGUGCGUGAGGAAAUAUGAAGGUCACGUGAAUCGUUCUCAUCCAAUCGGCGUAGCUUGGAGUCCCUGUGCGAAAUAUUUUGCUGUCGGCGCUGAGGACAAAUCGACGUACAUUUAUGAUGUUCGACACAGUAAUCCUUGUGAACGAAUCUCAAGACACAGUGAUGUUGUAUUUGAUGUCGCUUUUCAUCCCAACACUUCACAGUUGGUGACAUCGACACUGGAUGGAAAUGUGUUUGUCUACUCAAGCAAAAGCUAGUUUUCACCGAGAGAGAGAGAGGGAGAGACAAACAUGAAGCUAAAAAUGUCGAACCACGACAGACCGAAUAGUUUAUGAUGGACGGGGGAGGGUUUAUGUAACCAAAAUCUUCCUCUCCCCCUCCGGUUUCCUAGCAUGUGUAACCGGGUUUUCAGUUCUCACGUGUAUUUUCCGCCCUCGUUUGAAAAGCCAGGAACUAGGUAUCAACGUUUAUCCCCUAAAUUCAUCCGGUUUUGACAGCGCUGCAAAUUGUAGGAUAGAACAGACGAGCCGGGGGAAACAUGGCUUGCAGCGCCAGUAGAGAAAACGUCAUUCACGACGUGGCGAGGUUCACAUCGUAGCGAGGUUAGAGGGCCUCCCCUUCCUUCAAGAGAUUUAGAAAGGCGUGCUAGUUGCGAGAGACACUACCGUGUUUGUUUAUGUAAUAGCAUAAAUAAUUAUGAUGACGUAAAUGAUCUUAAAAAGCGUUAUUGUGGUUACAUGAUCGCGUAACACUUAGGUAAAUCAAGUUCACUUAAUUGGCCAUGAACGAAAUAUUAAUUGUCGUUUAACUUUUGAAAAUCUAACCUAAAGUAAGGUCGGAAAACGAACACGACAAAUGCUGCUUCGCAUUCUUCGAAAUGUCGUCAUUUUGUUGUGAAAUGUUACGAAUUCUUGGCCUUGGCCUGACUUGGCUACGCUCCCUAAUCCCCUCGGCCCUUCCGUCUUUUCAAAUGACGUCACAGUGCGGGCGGAUAUUCGUCAAACCACACGGAUGAACAAAAUGCCCGAUUUUAGACAGAAAACAUGACC